AUAACCGACAAUUCAAUCACAUACGACCAUAAAAUCUGGAAAACUCGGGAUCCCGUCCGCUCUCCCAUAGAUAAGCCGGAUAUUGCCAGAUUAGUAGUUGGGUCGGUGACGACCAGCGAAUCCCUGGUGUUGUAUGUUUUUUUUGUUGUUUGUUGCUGCCGCUGCUCAAGUCUCAUUGGUCCUAAGAAAACACCAUUAUUUUUUUGUGAGAUUUGAUUACAGUAUCUAUGUAAGGGCUAACAAUUAUGCAGGCGACAUGGACAAGCCCAUCUACCGAUACUAUGCUGAGCGUAAAUGGCGUGGCAUGCCUUAUCGUAUCAUUACGCAACGUAUCAAGCAGCUCAACAUUGUUCCCGAUGUGUUGCCCAAGUUUGAGCCCAUCGCGGAUGUUCAACUUUUCUUCCGACGAAUCAAGGUUACUCCCGGUGAAAUCCUUAAUUCCAAGAUUACAGAGGUGCCGCCUCGCUUGAAAGUUCAAGUCUUCAAUCCGGGCGAACGUCUUGUCUCCGUUGUAGUUAUGGACUCAGAUGUUCCCAACGCGGAGACGGACUCUUUUGAUAGGCGGUGUCACUAUCUUGCGGCAAAUGUCCCUAUCUCUCCCAACCAGCCUUCUCUACCCCUAGGUAAGGUCAACAAGGAGACCCAACUCGCCGUACCGUGGCUCCCGGCAUUCUCUCAAAAGGGCGCCCCGUACCACAGAUUAUCGGUGUUUGUUCUAGAACAAAAGCCAGGGGAGAACUUGGAUAUUGAGAAGUUGCGGGAGUUAUACUCCAGCCGAGACGGAUUCAGUCUCAAGAGUUACCGAGACAAGUUCGGUCUCACACCAGUUGGCUUUAACAUCUUCCGGACUAUCUGGGAUGAGAAUACCGCCGCUGUCAUGGAGAAGGCCGGUAUUCCUGGUGCCGAUAUCCAAUUCAAGUUCAAGAGGGUGUACUCUCUCAAGGAAGAGAAGAAGCCAAGGGGAUGGGAAGCCAAGAGACAGAAGCCCAAGUACAGAAGCUUAUGGAAGUACAGCAAGAGGAUCUAUGGUUACGCUCAUGGCCGUCGAUAAUUAUAUUAUCGGACUUAAUGUAUCAUAUGUACAUAUACCAAAAGAGACGAAUGAUAGAUGGACCGUGGUCGCAUCA